AUGUCUAGUAUUCAGCGUCAAAACCGGGACCCAGGUCUAGCUUCUCAGUCAGGGGCGCCGCAGUACGAGAAAUGGUGGUAUCUCCCAGGUGAUAUCUCGGAAGAAAGUCGUGACAUCCUCCAAGAUGUAUCCGGAUACACCAUCGGAGAUGAUGGCGGUGUGCUGGUCAGCUCCGAGGAGUUCAGUAGCCUCUAUCAGUUUGCCAAGUACGCCGGCGCGGCCUACUGUGCACCCAACGCGAAGAUCGGGGACCCAGUCUUUUGCAAGGGCGAGAUCUGCCCUGGACGCAACGCCACGAUCCUUGCGACGUUUGCCGGGCGCAUCACCGACAUCCUGGGCUUCCUGGCCGAGGACCCCGACAGCCAGACCCUGACCGUGUCGAUCCGCGGCUCGCGCACGAUCCAGAACUUCAUCACCGACGUCAUCUUCCGGGCGCAGGCCGCGGACCGCGAGUUCUGCGCCGGCUGCACCGUGCACGCGGGCUUCAUGUACGCGCACCAGGAGAUCGUGGCCAGGGUGCGCGCCGCGGUCGCCGACGCGCUCGACGAGUACCCCAACCACCGCGUGCGCGUGACGGGCCACUCGCUCGGCGGCGCCGUCGCCACGCUGCUGGGCGCCACGCUGCGCCGCCGCGGCGUGGCCUGCGACAUCUACACGUACGGCGCCCCGCGCGUCGGCAACGAGGCCUUUGUGCGCUGGGUCGACGCCCAGGACAACGGCCGCCUGCUGCGCCUGACGCACUACAACGACCUGGUGCCGCAGCUGCCGCCCAUCUUCCUCAACUACCGCCACACGUCGCCCGAGCUCUGGCUGGGCAGCGGGCCCGUCAACAGGAACGGCUACCUGCCCGGCGACAUGGUGGAGUGUCCCGGGUCCGCCAACGUCUUGUGCAACGCUGCCAGGUCAGUUCUGUUUCUUUCGCUUCUCCUCCCCCGUCGCGGCGCCUACAAGUCUUGGCCGCCACCCACCUAA